AUGCAAGUCACCUUCGCCCUGUCAAAUUUGACGGAACGAGCAAAGACUUUGGCCUUAGGGCUCAAGCUUCACGACCCAAACGUGUUUGAGUCGUUAGAGAUCUUGAAGUCUCGGGUCAAAGAGACGUUUGAGCCGUCGAGAGCCGUGUUCAAAGCACGCUCUGCACUCUUGAGGCUAGAGCUAGGUAAGCGUGACGUGCACGCUUACGCACAGCACCUGCGCUACCUUGCGAGUAGCGUUACAAAGAGCCCUGUUGAUGAGCACGCGCUCAUCAACGUGUUCAUCUACGGAGUUGUAGAUGGGCAGGUGAAGACCUACAUGUUCCGAGAGGAUUUCCAUGCGCUGGAAGGGCGAUAG